UGUUUGAGGAACAGAUUUGGGCAUUUUCCGCUUAUGUAAAGUGCAGGCGGACUGAGCAGGCGUGGAGCGUUAAGGCGUUAAGGAGCCUCGGUCUCUGCUCUCACCUACUGACCUGACAAAGUUCCUGUGGGUUUCUUCUUUUAGCCUCAUUUCUUCGAGUCUAAAUCGUUUUUUAUCUCGGCCCGAAAUGCGGAACUCCAUCAUGAGCUAUGUGUUUGGAAGAAAACACCGGCGAUUUUUUUAAUCAUGGCCACUACGGAGCACACGAAGCCUGGGAGACAGUUCAGAAAGACGAGCCCGGACUCCGAGCACUCUGAGCCAUGGAAACGGCACAUCAUCCUUCAGCUGAAACAUCGCGAUAAAGCACAGAAGAUCGCCUUCCAAGAUGUGAUCCGAUCAUAUGUGAACCUGCUCGAGCGGUGCGCUCAAAGUGCAGUAAUCACCCAAGGCCUCCUGUCCUCACCCAGGUCAUUUUCUUCAUCUGAGGAUUUGUCAUCUCUUAAAACAGCCACUGGUGAGCUUGCUUACAAAGUAGUGGAGCUGCAGCAACAGAUAAAAAACAAAGACACUUUUCUUGAAAGACAACAUGCCAGGUUGAAUGAAACUCAGGUCAAACUCAAGGCUGUGGAAGUGGAGAAAGACAGACUGAAAUCUGAUGUGAAGGUGAUGACCGAUAGCAACUUACUACUCAAGAAUGAGUAUGACACUCUUCGUGAGCGCUGUCAGCACUUGGAUGAAGAUUACAGAAAGGAGAAUCUCCAUGGUUCAGUUCUUGUGGAAAAAAUGGUUCACAUGAAAGAACAAGCUGCAGCUCGCAUGAAUCAUCUCAAUGAGAGGAGGCUAAGAGCCAGGCAAGCUGGUCUUCAUAAGGAACUUGAGAUGGCUGCUAAUAAGACUUUGAACAUUGACAAAGCACCGCAUAGUGUAUCAUUACCCUCAUCACCGUUACUACGCAGGAAAGAAGGUGGAGAGAAUUUGCCAAGUAGCCAAACACGAGUUUUCAGGUCUGCUUCAGUUACUUCUCCUCGACUUCUUGGCUCAAUCAGAGGUCUAUUUGAAAAGAAGAGACGAGGUAAUUCAGUUAGCAGUUUGGAAGAAGAUGUCUUUACUCCUAUUGGAGUUUGCUUAGUAGCUAGAGUCCCAAACAGAGUAAUCUUUGCAGUGGAUGCUCAUGAACUUGGAAUCAAUGCAGUUAGAUUCGGCCCAAGCUCAAACCUGCUGGCCACUGGAGGCACAGACAGGGUGAUCAAACUGUGGGAGGUCAUUUCAGGCAUGCUGCACCACAGAGGGACACUAGAUGGGAGUAAUGCAGGCAUCACCAGCAUUGAGUUUGACUCUACGGGCAGCCGAAUUUUAGCUGGAUCAAACGACAACUCUGCUCUUAUUUGGCGGUUGGAUGACUCUGUUCCAAAGUUUACACUGACAGGUCAUUCUCGUAAAGUGACAGCAGCAAAGUUUAAAUGUAACCUAAGACAGGUGGUGACUGGAAGUGGAGACAGGACUGUAAAAAUCUGGGACUUGGGACGUGCUGCUUGCAUACAGACCAUUGAGGUAUUUUCCUACUGUAGUGAUCUAGUGUGUUCAGAGUACUACAUAAUCAGUGGCCAUUUUGACAGAAAAAUACGCUUCUGGGACAGCAGGGCAGCGAGCUGUACUCAGGAGGUUCCACUACAGGGCAGGGUGACAUCACUUGACAUCUCACCCAACCACAGAGAAGUACUAAGUUGCUCAAGAGAUGAGAGCCUGCAGCUGGUGGAUCUGAGAAUGAGUAAUACCAGAAUGACCUUCCGGGCAGAUGGUUUCAAAUGUGGAAGUGACAGUACCAAGGCUAUUUUCAGUCCAGAUGGAAGUUACCUGGCAGCUGGCUCUGCAGAUGGUACUGUGUACAUCUGGAAUAUUAACACAGGCAACCUGGAAACAAGGCUACCAGUCAUGCACAGAACCUCGGUUAAUGCAGUGGCUUGGUCAAUGUCAGGCGAGUAUAUGGUGAGUGUUGAUAAGAGCCGAUGUGCCAUGCUGUGGAGUGACAUCUGAAACUGGGUGUAAGUGGCUGUAAGUGGGUGUAAGUGGCUCUGCUGCUGACUUACACACCAGGGUCACUAAUAUCCACACACCCAAGUUCAGAAUGUUCUAUAGACCAAAAACUAUUCAGCUUCAGUGUUUAAGCCCCACAAGAAUGCUACUUAUGUUUUGGUCUGGCUUUAUAAAGCAGUCAUGAUUGUUUAGAUACCUUAAUUCUUUUCCACAAUGUAUUGACUUAAAGUGUAAAGUAAUUUAUUAGUUGACAUUUAAAGUGUCAAACAUUCAAGCAUAUUAAUGAAGAUUCAAGGCCUGGUGACAAAAAAGACAAAGUUAGCAAGAAACUAGGUAGAUAGAAUAUUUAAUAUGACCUGUUUGUGUACAUUUGACAUAAUGCUAAUUAUACUUUGUAGAUUAUAGAUUGUGUACAGUGUCUAUUUUGUAAUGUAUAUGUAAAGCUACUUUGGAGCAAUUCCAUUGUUAAAAGCACUAUACAAGAACAUUGAAAUUGAACAUGUAGGUAUUAUGUAUUAAGAAAUGCACCAAUUCUAUACUGUGUAUCAGUUGUUUGUUGUCUGCACUUGUUUUGUGCUGCAGUAAUUCUUCAACCACUCUGAGGGAUUGUCGAUUUUUACUAACCACAUGCAUUUACAUUCUCAUUUGUUAAUGAUAUUCAGUAAAGUUUUUACAAAAAAGGGAGUGUACAGAUUUGUUUACAUUCUAAUUUUCUAAGCAUUUGUACUAAAUAUUGUGGCUUAUACACAGUAUACAGAAUCAAUAAAUUUCUUACCCUUUUUCUUACCAAUACCACGUCUUGUUU